GUGGCGGGAGGGCGCCGGGGGCAGCAUGAAGUCCCUGCUCUUCAGCCGUUUCCUCCUGCUGCUGCCCUGGGUGCUCAUCGUCAUCAUCGUGCUGGACAUCGACAGCAGCCGGGCGCCACUGCCCGCGCUGUCCCCCCGCGGCGGGGCCGAGGGCGGUAGCGGGGGGGCGCGGCCGCCCGCCCCGCGGCGGCGGCCCGAGGCCGCGCUGCCCACCAUCUAUGCCAUCACGCCCACCUACAGCCGCCCGGUGCAGAAGGCCGAGCUCACCCGCCUGGCCAACACCUUCCGGCAGGUGUCGCGGCUCCACUGGAUCCUGGUGGAGGACGCGGCGGCGCGCAGCGAGCUGGUGACCCGCUUCGUGGCGGGAGCCGGGCUGCCCUGCACGCACCUGCACGUCCCCACGCCGCGCCGCUACAAGCGCCCGGGGCUGCCCCGCGCCACCGAGCAGCGCAACGCCGGCCUGGCCUGGCUGCGGCAGCGGCACCAGCACCUGCCGCCCCCGCAGCCCGGGGUGCUCUUCUUCGCCGACGACGACAACACCUACAGCCUGGAGCUCUUCCAGGAGAUGCGGACGACGCGCAAGGUGUCCGUGUGGCCCGUGGGGCUGGUGGGAGGCCGGCGCUACGAGCGCCCGGUGGUGGAGAACGGCAAAGUGGUCGGCUGGUACACGGGCUGGAGAGCUGACAGGCCCUUUGCUAUCGACAUGGCAGGAUUUGCUGUGAGUCUUCAAGUGAUCCUGUCGCAUCCCAAAGCCGUAUUCAAGCGUCGUGGUUCUCAACCAGGAAUGCAAGAAUCUGAUUUUCUGAAACAGAUAACAACCGUGGAGGAACUGGAGCCAAAAGCAAACAACUGCACAAAGGUUCUGGUAUGGCACACCCGAACAGAGAAAGUGAAUCUAGCUAACGAGCCAAAGUACCACCUGGACACAGUCAACAUUGAGGUAUGAUGGGGGGGACAGUCCCACGGCAAGAGCAGGACAAUGGAUGCACCAGCGCGUGUUCCGGUUCAGACAGCUAAAGUCAUCUGCUUCUGCCUGAGACCUGACAGACUUCUGUGGAAACAAAAGGAAGCUUUCAGAGACUCUAAUAAGCAAAUCAAGUGGGUGUGCUUUGUUCUAACUUGUCUGCAUGCAUUUCUGAACUCUCAGCUUAAUAAACUGACACUUACCUUUGUUUUGACGCUGUUUCCACAUAGAUAAACAUGGCUGCAAUGGAGUAUUUUCAAAAUCAUUAUUUAUGUAUAUACUUUUUGUAUUUAUCCAGCUUAAUGGUGUAAUUAUAAACUGAUUUUAACUCACGAACUGUUGGUCUAAAUAUCUGUAUAAAUGGAUCCUCCAAACUGAACAUGUUUUACUUCAUUAAAAGUAGCAGUCAAACAGGUCUUACGAUAAUGAAAUAAAAAACCCACAAUCAUU